AUUGACUGUCGGCUCAAGGACAUAAUUUGUUUGCAGGUAAAGCUGGACUAACAAGCUGCCUGACUCCUGCUACAUUUCAGCCAUUGUGGAAGCUUUUUCGAACAGGAAUGGCGAUGCAGAGGGAUUUGCUGUCGUAGCAGAGCACAUCAACAACAGUUCAUCUGCGGGUAAGCAGUUGUCCUUUCCGUCACAUGACUCUCAUGGGAUACUUGUUUGCGGCCUUUUACCUACAGCCGAAUGCAACACAUAGCAGGCAAGAGGAUUCAGUUUAUGCCACCCUUUCCCGUGUUUCUCCGGAUGGAUACCGGACCUACCUCCCCUCCUUCCUCCAUGGUGGCGGGCCCUUCCCCGCUGUGGCGACUGGCUGAUAGGAGGAGCAGGAAAGCAGGCUCAGCUAACAUUUUCAGCAAUGUGAACCUGUGGCAGCUCCAGAGACUGUUCAGGGCAGCGGGGGAUCAGGACGCAGAGCAGAGGGCCCAGCUGGUUUGGGGCCAAACAGAUGAAGCUGAACUGGCUCAGGCACUCAUAGGACUGAGGGCCCGAAGUCAAAGGAGAGGGCUGCGAUCCAACGGGAGAGAAGUACUGGGCUCACACUGGCUACGAUCCUUCAAUCACCUCAGGAUUGGGGAGAGUUCUCUUACCAGCCCCGGGAAGGACCCCGCAGAGGAGAGGGAUUCUGAGGCAGGAGCCCACAAAAGUCCAGAGCCAGGCAGACACACUUCAUCAGGGACGACAGGAGAAGCUACAGGGGCCACAGAGGGACUAACUGAAGGCAUGGACCAUGCAGGGACUUCUGAGAGACCAGCUAGACCCAACUCAGGACUGAAGAGAGGAGGAAAGAACAAUCCAGAGAGAUAUCUCCACAGAAUUCUUCACUGACUUGACCAAAACCUGACUUUCAAUCGCAGUCUGCCAGCACUUCGGUCCCACAGCCAGCUUGUCCCUCAUGAAUACUCUUCUGAUGUGUUCACACACUGGAGCUAGGUUUGAAUUAAGUCACAAGUUUAACUGUAUUGCAGGUUGAAAGACUAUUGCCUUGAAGCCUGGUCUUUGUAAUGGCUCUGAUCAGAUGGUACUAUACUGACACUACACUGUUACUUGUUGCAGACACAUCUUUCACAGAACUGACUACUUAAAGCAGCAUAAACCUCUCAUUAGCUCCUGGUUUUUCACACUUUUGUAAUGUGGUUACCUCUCAAGAACUGUCUGUUGUGUAUUCCUGAAUUAAUUCCACCACUUACACUAAGCAUGCAGAAUGAUUGAUAAGGGCAGUGGCUUUUAGGUACGUUUGUAGUUCACAUGUGUAUCAAGUAGCAAACAACUUGACAAAUAUGAUCACUGUAAGGAAAAAAAGUGACUAUAAAAAUCUUUAUUUGCCCUAUCAGUUUCAAAGUACUGAUACUGUUAUGUAUGGCUGCAUUGAGGAUACAUUUUCAGCUGUUUCACCCACUAAUGAAUGAUCCUGAUUGUGUGUACAGUAUGUUACACAACACUUUAAAUGGGUAAGAGUGAAAGGUGAGCUAAUGUGAAGUGAUUAAACAUGUGAGAGUAACCUCCGUCAGUCGGGUGGUUCACUCUGCCGAGGGACAAAAUAUAAUACAGGAUGCUCUACUGUUGAGGGAAACUUGAAAAAUGAGGUUUUCAUCCUAAAUGUUAAUGGUCACAGUAUGAGGUUAGGUGGGUGUGAAAACCCACUUAGCUUAUGAAAUGACUGUCACCAAGUUUUGCUGGAUUGCUGGAAACUAGAUUUAAGCUUUCUGAUAACAAUGUGUGUGGUGUCACUUUCAUUUAUAGUAAUAAAGAAUUGAGUCUU